UCCGAAACGGGUUUGUUCAGCGAUGGAAGGGCGAGAAGAGAGCUGCCGGCGGUCACUGGUGCUACUGUGGCUAGUACUGGGAGGCUGUGUGGCGACCUGCCCCGAGCGGGAGCUGGAGCGGCGGGAGGAAGAAGCCAACGUGGUGCUGACGGGCACGGUGGAGGAGAUCAUGAACGUGGACCCCGUCCACCACACCUACUCCUGCAAGGUGAGAGUGUGGCGUUACCUGAAAGGCAAAGACAUCGUCACUCACGAGAUCCUCUUGGAUGGUGGCAACAAAGUGGUUAUUGGUGGCUUUGGGGACCCAUUGAUCUGUGACAACCAAGUCUCCACUGGGGAUACUCGCAUUUUCUUCGUCAACCCUGCCCCACAGUACAUGUGGCCAGCACAUCGCAACGAGCUGAUGCUCAACUCCAGCCUCAUGAGGAUAACCCUGCGGAACCUGGAGGAGGUGGAGCACUGCGUGGAAGAACAUAGGAAGCUUCUUGCUGACAAACCCAACAGUUACUUCACUCAGACGCCGCCGACGCCGCGGGAUGCGUGCCGCGGGAUGCUGUGCGGCUUCGGCGCCGUGUGCGAGCGCAGCGCGGCCGAGCCCUCGCAGGCAUCGUGUGUCUGCAAGAAGACAACGUGUCCUGGCGUGGUGGCUCCUGUCUGUGGCUCUGACUACUCCACCUACAGCAACGAGUGUGAGCUGGAGAAGGCCCAGUGCAACCAGCAGAGACGGAUCAAAGUCAUCAGCAAGGGGCCGUGCGGCUCCAAAGACCCCUGUGCAGAGGUGACCUGCAGCUUUGGCAGCACGUGUGUGCCCUCCAGCGACGGGCAGUCGGCCAAGUGCGUGUGCCCAUCGUCCUGCAGCGGCGUGCCCGAGAGCCCCGUGUGCGGCAGCGACGGCCGCGACUACCGCAGCGAGUGUGAGCUCAACAAGCACGCCUGUGACAAGCAGGAGAACGUCUUCAAGAAGUUUGAUGGUGCCUGUGACCCGUGCCAGGGCGUGGGCAGCGCCCCGGGCCGCGUGUGCCGCGUGAACCCGCGCAGCCGCCGCGCAGAGCUGCUGCCCCGGCCCCACAGCUGCCCCCCGCGGCCCGAGCCCGUGUGCGGCGACGACGGCGUGACGUACGACAGCGAGUGCGUGAUGGCGCGGGCCGGCGCCAUCCGCGGCCUGCACAUCCAGAAGGUGCGCUCGGGGCAGUGCCAGCAGCAGGACCAGUGCCAGGAGCAGUGCCAGCUGAACGCCGUGUGCCUGAACCGCCGCGGCUCCGCGCGCUGCUCCUGCGACCGCGUCACCUGCGACGGCUCCUACCGGCCCCUCUGCGCCCACGACGGCCACACCUACAGCAACGAGUGCCAGCGCCAGAAGGCAGAGUGCCAGCAGCGAGCUGCCAUCCCAGUCAAGCACAGAGGACCCUGUGACCUGGGCACACCCAGCCCCUGCCUGAGUGUGGAGUGCACCUUUGGGGCCACGUGUGUGGUGAAGAACCAGGAGGCUGUGUGUGAGUGCCAGCAGCUGUGCCAGGGCCGCUACGACCCGGUGUGUGGCACCGACAACCGCACCUACGGCAACCCCUGCGAGCUCGACUCCAUGGCCUGUGUCCUCAAGAGAGACAUCAAAGUGAAGCACAAGGGCCCCUGUGAGCUCUGUGGCAGGUGCCAGUUCGGGGCCCUGUGUGAGGCUGAGACGGGCCGCUGCGUGUGUCCCACCGAGUGCGUCCCCUCGGCCCAGCCCGUGUGCGGCACCGACGGCAACACCUACGGCAGCGAGUGCGAGCUCCACGUCACGGCCUGCACCCAGCAGAGGAACAUCCUAGUGGCUGCUCAAGGAGACUGCAAGUCGUGUGGCAGCACGGUGUGUGCCUUCGGCAGCCGCUGCGUGGGCGGCCAGUGCGUGUGCCCGCGGUGCGAGCGCCAGCCCCCGGCCCCUGUCUGUGCCAGCGAUGGCCUCACCUACCCCAGCCAGUGCCACAUGCAGGUGGCCUCCUGCCAGCAGCAGAAGAGCAUCGAGGUUGUGAGGAUGGGCCCGUGUGAGGACGAGUGUGGCUCGGGGGGCUCUGGCUCCGGCGACGGCAGCGAGUGCGAGCAGGAGCGGUGCCGGCUCUACGGGGGCUGGUGGGAUGAGGAUGCUGAGGACGAGCCCUGUGUGUGUGACUUCACGUGCCUGGCAGUGCCACGCAGCCUGGUGUGUGGCUCUGAUGGUGUCACCUACACCAACGAGUGUGAGCUGAAGAAGACACGGUGUGAAAAACGCCAGGAUCUGUAUGUCAGUAGCCAAGGAGCCUGUCGUGCCCUUGCCACAACCCCACCACCUCUCCUGGUUGUGCACUGCAGCCAGACCAUCUAUGGAUGCUGCCCAGACAACGUGACCUUGGCACUUGGAGUGGGAGCAGCUGGAUGCCCAAGCACCUGCCAGUGCAACCCUUAUGGCUCUUAUGGAGGAGCCUGUGACCCAGGGACAGGCCAGUGCUCCUGCAAGCCGGGUGUGGGGGGACUCAAGUGUGACCGCUGCGAGCCCGGCUUCUGGAACUUCCGCGGCAUCGUCACCGACAGCCGCAGCGGCUGCACCCCCUGUAACUGUGACCCAGUGGGCUCAGUGCGUGAUGACUGUGAGCAGAUGACUGGCCUGUGCUCCUGCAAGACUGGUAUCACUGGCAUGAAGUGCAACCAGUGCCCCAAUGGCAGCAAGCUGGGCAUGACUGGCUGUGAGAAAGACCCAUCAGCCCCGAAAUCCUGUGAGGAAAUGAGCUGUGAGUUCGGGGCCUCGUGUGUGGAAGUCAACGGCUUUGCCCACUGUGAGUGCCCGUCCCCGCUCUGCUCCGAGGCCAACACGACCAAGGUGUGUGGCUCUGAUGGUGUCACUUACGGGGACCAGUGCCAGCUGCAGACCAUCGCCUGCCGUCAGGGACAGGCCAUCACAGUCAAGCACGUGGGGCAGUGCCAUGAGUCCAUCACUCACAGCAGCCACAUCUCAGCACCCACACCUCUGCCCACGCUGCCUUUGGACAAGUUGCUCCUUCCUCCACCUCUGCAGCUCACCACCCAGGCUCCAGAACCCACCAGCACCCUGGUAGUGGGAGGCAGGACCACUGACAGAGAGCACCCUACCACAAGGCGUGUCACCACUGCCAGACCAGCCACUACCCCCUGGCUCACCCACGGGCUGCCAAAGGCCACCAUCCGCCCUCUCUCCACUGUGCCAGUGGCCCUGGCCACCACCCAGCCUGCCUAUGGUGAGUCAGGCAGUGCAGAGGGCAGUGGAGACCAAGAGAUGGGCAUCAGUGGAGACCAGGAAUCCAGUGGGGCAGGCUCUGCUGGAGGAGAGGAGGUGGAGGAGAGCCAGGUGACAUCCACACCAGCCAUCGAGAGGGCAACGUGUUACAACAGCCCUCUGGGCUGCUGCUCUGAUGGCAAGACUGCUGCUGCUGAUGCUGAGGGCACCAACUGCCCAGCUACCAAAGUCUUCCAAGGAGUCCUCAUCUUGGAGGAGGUGGAAGGGCAGGAGCUGUUCUACACACCUGAGAUGGCUGACCCCAAGUCAGAGCUCUUUGGGGAGACAGCCAGGAGCAUCGAGAGUGCGCUGGACGAGCUGUUCCGCAGCUCGGAUGUCAGGAGGGAUUUCAGGAGCAUCCGAGUGCGGGACCUGGGGCAGAGCAGCGCUGUGCGAGUCAUCGUGGAGUCCCACUUCGAUCCAGCCACGUCCUACACGGCAGCUGAUGUCCAAGGGGCCCUGCUGAAGCAGAUCAAAGCUUCCAAGAAAAAGACCAUCCUGGUGAAGAAACCCCAGCAGGAGCAUGUCAAAUUCAUGGACUUUGACUGGAUCCCCAGGCUCUUCACCACCACGGUGACCACAACCACAGCCACCACCAUGGCAGCCUCCAGCACGCGCCGCUACGGCACGGCCAGCCCCGCCAGCACCGGGCACCCACGGCUCCUGGGCAGCAGCACCAAGCCUCUGGGAGCUCUGGGCACCAGGAGACCAACCCCCAGCUCCAGCCUCUCUGCCAGCACUUGGAGGAAGCCCACGAGGAGACCCCCACGGCCCUGUGACUCCCAGCCCUGUCUGCACGGCGGCACCUGCGAGGACGACGGGAGGGACUUCACGUGCAGCUGCCCCGCGGGCAAGGGCGGCGUGGUCUGUGAGAAAUCCAUCAGGUACUUCAUCCCCAGCUUUGGUGGCAAGUCCUACCUGGCGCUGAAGAUGCUGAGGGCGUACCACACGGUGCGCAUCGCCAUGGAGUUCCGCGCCCUGGAGCCCAGCGGGCUGCUGCUCUACAACGGCCAGAGCCGUGGCAAAGACUUCAUCUCCCUGGCACUGGUUGGUGGCUUUGUGGAGCUCAGGUUUAACACUGGCUCUGGCACUGGCACCAUCAGCAGCAGGGUGCGUGUGGAGCCUGGCAAGUGGCACCAGGUGGUGGUGAACAGGAACAGACGCAGCGGUGCCCUGUCGGUGGACGGGGAGCCCCAGGUCAGCGGCGACAGCCCCCCCGGCACCGACGGGCUCAACCUGGACACUGACCUCUUCAUCGGGGGAGCCCCUGAGGAUCAGCUGCCUGUGGUGGCAGAUCGGACGGGGGUUCCCCUGGGGCUGAGGGGCUGCAUUCGCCUCCUGGACGUCAACAACCAGCCGUGUGACCUGCGGGAGGGGGGCAGCGACGUGCUCUACGGCAGCGGCGUGGGCGAGUGUGGCAACGACCCCUGCCAGCCCAACCCCUGCCACCACGCUGCCAUCUGCCACGCCAAGGAGGCUGAGAUGUUCCACUGCCAGUGUGUGCACGGCUAUACUGGCCCAACAUGUGCUGAUGAGAGGAAUCCCUGUGACCCUACACCCUGCCACGUCUCUGCCACCUGCCUGGUGCUGCCUGAGGGAGGUGCCAUGUGUGCCUGUCCCAUGGGCAGGGAAGGGGACUUCUGCGAGCGAGUGACAGAGCAGGACCACAGCAUGCCCUUCCUACCAGAGUUCAAUGGCUUCUCCUACCUGGAGCUGAACGGGCUGCAGACCUUUGUUCCUGACCUGCAGGACAAAAUGUCCAUGGAAGUUGUGUUCCUGGCCAAGAACCCCAGUGGCAUGAUCUUCUAUAAUGGCCAGAAGACAGAUGGCAAAGGGGACUUUGUGUCUCUGGCCCUGCAUGAUGGGUACCUGGAGUACAGAUAUGACCUGGGCAAAGGAGCAGCUGUGCUCAGGAGCAAGGAGCCAGUUCCCCUCAACAGCUGGAUCAGCGUGUGGUUGGAGAGGAACGGGCGCAAAGGGGUGAUGAGGGUCAACCACGGCGACAGGGUGAUGGGAGAGUCACCGAAAUCCCGUAAGGUGCCUCACACCUUCCUGAACCUGAAGGAGCCUUUUUAUGUGGGGGGAGCCCCUGAUUUCAGCAAGUUGGCUCGAGCAGCUGCCAUCUCCAGCAGCUUCAGUGGAGCUGUGCAGAGGAUCUCCAUCAAAGGGGUGCCUGUGCUGAAGGAGCAGCACAUCCUCAGGGCUGUGGAGAUCUCCCCUUUCCGAGGCCACCCCUGUAGGCAGAAGCCCAGCCCCUGCCAGAACGGCGGCAGCUGCAGCCCCAGGCUGGAGAGCUACGAGUGUGUGUGCCAGAGGGGCUUCUCUGGGGCUCACUGUGAGAAAGUGAUGAUUGAGAAGGCUGCUGGGGAUGCAGAGGCCGUUGCUUUUGAUGGCAGGACGUUUAUGGAGUACCACAACGCCGUGACCAAGAGUGAGAAAGCUUUGCAAUCAAACCACUUUGAGCUGAGCAUCAAAACAGAAGCCACUCAGGGGCUGAUCCUGUGGAGUGGCAAAGGGCUGGAGCGCUCAGACUACAUUGCCCUGGCCAUUGUGGAUGGCUUUGUCCAGAUGGCCUAUGACCUGGGCUCCAAACCUGUCAUCCUACGCUCCACCAUCCCAGUCAACACCAACCAGUGGAUCCACAUCAAAGCCUCCAGGGUACAAAGAGAAGGUUCCCUUCAAGUUGGCAACGAAGCCCCCAUUGCUGGCUCUUCCCCCCUGGGUGCAACACAGCUGGAUACAGAUGGAGCCCUGUGGCUGGGGGGAAUGGAGAAGCUGAGUGUGACUCCCAGGCUGCCCAAAGCCUACAGCACUGGCUUCAUUGGCUGCAUAAGGGAUGUGAUUGUGGACCGCCAGGAACUGCAUCUGGUGGAGGACGCUUUAAACAACCCCACAAUAUUACACUGCUCAGCCAAAUAGACCCCAGAGCCCUUGCCCUUUUUCCCUUUUUCCCUUUUUCCCUUUUUCCCUUUUUCCCUCUUUCCCUCUUUCCCUCUUUCCCUCUUUCCCCUUCCCCUUCCCCUUCCCCUUCCCCUUCCCCUUCCCUUUCCCCUUCCCCUUCCCCUUCCCUUCUCUUCCCUCCCCUCCCCUCCUUGCCCUCCCCUCCCCUCCCGUCCUUGCCCUUCCCUCUCCUCCUUGCCCUUCCCUCCCCUCCUUGCCCUUCCCUCCCCUCCUUG